CAGAGGAUUUAGGUGUUUAAUUUUAGAUUCUUGAACCAACGCCGCUGUUGAAAUUUCAAUUUUAAGCUUAGAACAGAGACCCAAUUGUAGAACUUUUCACUCGAACUGAUUUCCCCUCUCAUUAUUCUCACACUCUUCUUCAUCUUCAAUUCAAGAAAUGUUGCCCUUACUUUGAUCCUCCAUCUCCGAUUCUCCCUCCCUUCACAGCCCCACAUUUGGGUGAACUCUGAAUCUCAAUAUUACUUGGAGUGAGAUUCAUAUUUCAAUUUCUUUUCUGUGUUCGUUAACUUGAUUUUGUGUUCAUCGAAAAUGGGUAUUGCCAAUCGGGAGGCGUUGAAGCAGUUUCAGCUGCUAAUGGAUGAUGUCGAUGGAUCACUGAUGAACUCAUUUGAGAAUAUGCAUCAAGGUCAUCCAGCUGAAACUUUGGAACGCUUUCUGAAGGCGAGGGACUGGAAUGUAUCUAAAGCCCAUAAAAUGUUAAUGGAUUGUCUAAAUUGGAGGAUACAAAAUGAGAUUGACAACAUAUUGGCAAAACCGAUAGUUCCCCCCGAGUUAUACAGAUCAGUGCGAGACUCUCAGCUGGUGGGACUGUGUGGAUACUCAAAAGAGGGUCUUCCUGUGAUAGCUGUUGGUGUUGGUCAAAGCACAUUUGACAAGGCAUCUGUUCAUUAUUAUGUGCAGUCACACAUCCAAAUGAAUGAAUAUAGGGAUCGCGUUGUGUUGCCGGCUGCGACAAAGAAGCAUGGACGACAUAUAGGCACCUGUCUCAAGGUUUUGGAUAUGACUGGGUUAAAGCUUUCAGCAUUAAAUCAAGUGAAGCUUCUAACUGUCAUAUCGACCAUUGACGACUUAAACUAUCCCGAGAAGACCGAUGCUUACUACAUCGUAAACGUUCCAUAUGUAUUUUCUGCAUGCUGGACGGUCGUAAAACCUCUUUUGCAAGAGAGAACAAGGAGGAAAAUCAAAGUGCUACAGAAUUGUGGGCGAGAUGAACUACUAAAGGUAAUGGAUUCACUACCACAUUUUUGUCGUAAAGGAAGGUCGGGAUCAUCUCGACACGCCAAGAAUGGAAAUACAGAAAACUGUUUCUCCUUAGACAGUGCAUUUCAUCAGCAGCUCUACAGUUACAUUCAGCAGCAAGGUGCAGUUAGGGAGCCGAUUGUACCAAUCAAACAAGGAUCAUUUCAUGUUGAUUUCCCUGAACCAGAUCCAAGAGAUCUAGAAAUUGCCAAAACCAUAGAAACAGAGUUCCAUAAGCUCGAAAAUCACAAUGAACUCAGCUAUUCCAUGAAUGGCCUUCAUCAAGUCAAUGGAGAAUUAUGAAUAUGGCAACUACAACCCUACUUGCUGUGCUAUUACUACAUAUCUAAUGUAAAGUUUAUUUACACCAUCUCCUGUCAUUGGUUCCCCGACACACUUAAGCGGUCUUGUUCGAGAUGGCCAUAUAAUGAAAUGAUAUUCGAAGUUCUUAUUU